UAUUUGGGCGAAUUUAGGACCCAACAAUGUCCAUUAUUCUUAGAACAGCAAUGUCAAGUUCACCGACCGUACACAUGUUUUCAUUGGCACUUUCCUAAUCAGAAGAGGCGCCGCCCAGUCUUGCGCCCUGAUGGAACGUUCAACUACAAUCCUGAUGUCUACUGUGAUAAAUACGAUGAAAAUACAGGGUCAUGCGCCGAUGGAGAUGACUGCCCUUAUGCUCAUCGAAAUGCUGGGGAUACUGAGCGUCGUUAUCAUCCGCGUUAUUUUAAGACAGGAAAUUGUAUCUACGAGACAACUGAAAGUGGCGCUUGCGUUAAAAAUGGAUUACAUUGUGCAUUUGCCCAUGGACCCGAAGAUCUACGUCUGCCCGUAUUUGAUAUUCGUGAAAUACAAGACCCUGGUUCAAAAUUUACUGUUAACCUACCUGCAAGUUUAGAGAAAGAACGGGUUUUAAGUGAAGAUCCAAAAUGGAAUGGUAGGUCAUUCGCUCUCAACGAUUUGCAUCCUUAA